AUGAUUGAUCGGAAGGUUCUUCAGUGGUCGGAGAUCCUUUCAUUUGAAGGAGCCGUGACUGCCUUCAUGGUCUGGAUUGCGGCGCGUACUUCAGCAGGUAGGAUCCUUGGUGGUAUUUCUCCAGUGGAAAUAACGGGAGUUGACACGGGUGUUGACGAGCGAAAGAGAUUGGUUAUUGUUGUGAGCGGAACAGAUAGUCGAGAUGGUGCUGCUUCAAGUUUCGAUUGCCUUACUUUUGAAGAUUUUCUUGCAAAGCUGUUCUACAAUUGGUAUUGGCUACCAGUCGCUCGAGAUGUGAUGCAGUCGGUUCCAGCUUCAGUGCUCUUCUCCUCUCAAGCAGAUUUGGUGGCUUUCGAAAUUUCUUCCAAGUUCCUUGUGCAAGACAUUGAGGCAUAA